UUUCCUCACAGUGGUAUAAACAGCAAGGUGGUCGACCAAUCUUCACACACCCCCAGUUCUACUCGCAGCGCGCUACGGCUGCUGCGGCCUUCGACGUUUUAGGUAGCGUUAGCUGGAAUGCUUUAUAUAGAAUGAGCUGGCUUAACCGUGAAGUUAUCUAUAUCAAUACAUCGUUUUCAGACCACAGCUAUGAACUGGAAUAAGGGAGGCCCAGCGGGUAAGCGAGGCUUCGGAUUUGGUGGCUUCUCUCUGGCUGGAGGGAAGAAAGAAGAACCUCUGCCGCAGCCAUCACACAACUCGUUUGGAGCUUCAGGGUCAGCUGGAGGUUAUGGCAAGAAUCAACAGCUCCCAGCCUUCUACAAAAUAGGCACUAAAAGAGCAAACUUUGACGAGGAGAAUGCAUAUUUUGAGGAUGAUGAAGAGGAGGCAAGCACCAAUGACCUGCCCUACAUCCCAGCAGAGAACUCUCCAACCCGAAAACAGUUCCAGUCAGGAGGGGGACAUGGCUCAGACAGUGACGAUGACCCACUGGAUGCCUUCAUGGCGGAGGUUGAGAAUCAAGCAGCUAAGGAUAUGAAGAAAUUGGAGGAAAAGGAGAAAAAGGCGGCCAAGGGUAUACGAGAUGACAUUGAAGAGGAAGAUGACCAAGAGGCCUAUUUCCGCUACAUGGCAGAGAACCCCACGGCCGGCCUGACCCAGGAGGAGGAGGAGGAGGACAUCGAUUACGACAGCGACGGCAAUCCUGUCGCUCCCACCACCAAGAAGAUCAUCCUGCCUCUUCCCCCGAUUGACCACACUGAGAUUGAUUACCCUCCUUUUGAGAAGAAUUUCUACGAGGAGCACGAAGAGCUCAACAUUCUGACGGGAACACAGGUGGUGGAGCUCAGACAGAAACUCAACCUCAGGGUGUCGGGAGCGGCGCCUCCUAAACCUUGCACAAGCUUUGCCCACUUCAGUUUCGACGAGCAGCUUAUGCACACGAUCCGCAAAUCUGAGUUCACUCAGCCCACACCCAUCCAGUGCCAGGGUCUGCCCAUUGCCCUGAGUGGCCGCGACAUGAUUGGCAUCGCCAAGACCGGUAGCGGCAAGACGGCGGCCUUCAUCUGGCCCAUGCUGGUGCACAUCAUGGACCAGAAGGAGCUGCAGCCGGGAGACGGGCCCAUCGCCAUCAUCGUGUGCCCCACCAGAGAGCUUUGUCAGCAGAUCCACUCUGAGUGCAAGCGCUUUGGGAAGGCGUACGGGCUGCGCUCAGUGGCUGUGUAUGGAGGAGGCAGCAUGUGGGAGCAGGCCAAGGCCCUGCAGGAUGGAGCCGAGAUCGUGGUGUGCACUCCGGGUCGCCUCAUUGAUCAUGUGAAGAAGAAGGCCACCUCGUUGCAGAGGGUGACCUACCUGGUGUUUGAUGAGGCCGACCGCAUGUUUGACAUGGGCUUUGAGUAUCAGGUUAGAUCCGUCGCCAGCCAUGUCCGGCCAGACAGACAAACCCUGCUGUUCAGUGCCACAUUCCGUAAGAAGAUUGAGAGGCUGGCAAGAGACAUCCUGGUCGACCCCAUCCGUGUGGUGCAGGGAGACAUUGGAGAGGCCAACGAGGAUGUGACCCAGCUGGUGGAGGUGAUGCCGGCGGGCGUGGACAAGUGGGGCUGGCUGACGCGGCGGCUGGUGGAGUUCACCUCGGCCGGCUCCGUGCUCAUCUUCGUCACCAAGAAGGCCAACUGCGAGGAGCUGGCCACCAACCUGACCCAGGAGGGCUACUCGCUGGGCCUGCUGCACGGCGACAUGGACCAGAGCGAGAGGAACAAGGUCAUCGCCGACUUCAAGAAGAAGAGCUUGCCCGUACUGGUGGCCACCGACGUGGCAGCCCGUGGUCUGGACAUUCCAUCCAUCCGCACGGUGGUCAACUACGACGUGGCCCGUGACAUCGACACACACACACACAGGAUUGGUCGAACAGGUCGUGCUGGAGAAAAGGGUGUGGCCUACACCCUUCUCACCAAUAAAGACACCUCAUUCGCUGGAGACCUUGUCCGUAACCUGGAGGGAGCCAAUCAAAGUGUUUCUAAGGACCUAAUGGACCUUGCCAUGCAGAAUUCUUGGUUCAGGAAGUCGCGCUUUAAGGGAGGGAAGGGGAAGAAGAUCAACAUUGGAGGUGGAGGCCUGGGAUACAGAGAGAGACCAGGCUUAGGAGCAGACACCUCAGUAUGUGAGCGUAGUGCUGGUGGAAGCGGAGCCUCUUCCCUUGGGAACUACGAGGCUUUCAAGCCCGCCACAGGAGGAGCCAUGGGAGACCGCAUGUCAGCCAUGAAACAGGCUUUCCAGUCCCAGUAUAAGAACCACUUUGUGGCUGCGUCGGGCCACGUUCCCAAGCUCUCCACCAAAGCCAGCAGCACCUCGGGUUGGACCAGUGCCGGGAGCCUGAGCUCAGUGCCCAGUGGCGCCCCCGAGGGCCUGGACCGGCCCACGGCACCUCCAGUGGCAUCCUUUGCCGCCAUGCCCCCUCCGCCUCCAUCUCUUAGCGUGGGCACCAAGAUGGCGGGUUUCGCCAGCGCCGGUUCCCUGAGCUCCGUGCCCGACAGCCCCCGUGGUGAUCGCUACGAAGACGAGCGCAGUCGCCAUAGCGACCGCAGCUCAGGUGGAGGAGAGCGGGAGCGAGAUCGGGACCGCGACCGUGACCGUGACCGGCAUGGCGAUCGCGGCGACCGCCACAGCGAUCAUCGCGAGCGUGAGCGCGAGCGCCACGGAGACCGCGACCGCCACGGCGACAGCCGGAAUGGCGGCGAUGGCGGGCGGAGGGAGAGGGACGGACGCUCGGAACGGGAGGACCGCGAAGACCAUGAGGACCGCGGGGCCGGCUUCGCCGUUCCAGACCUGCCCCGGCGCAAGAAAAGCCGAUGGGACAACUGAGACGCCCACUGGGAUCCACUGCUCUCACUCAGCAACAGCAACACUGCGGGGGGGGAACCAACAACAGCCUUCUCUCCCCAUCCACUGCUGAUUGAUGGACUGCUUGGCCAUGAGGAGGUGCUGUUGCUGUUGUUGAGGUUGUGAGUGCAUCAGUUUUUACUUACCAGAACUGUAGCAGUAUUUCAGCUGCCAUCUCUACUCCACCACCUUUCCUGGAUGAGCAUGUAGCUUCAUCCUUCCCCCCUGUUGUCAGUCUAUCUUGUAUUUGUGGGAUAGGGGGGAUGGGGAUGACGUCACAGUAUCCCAGUGUUGCAGAGGUCUUGUCGUCAUAUCUUCUGUUGUCUUUCUGCCGAUGUCUGCAGACUCACAGGCGUCCGUUGUUAACCAGCGUUCUUCCGAGUUUCCCCUGUAAAGUUUGCUGUUUGUAUGAAGUCAUUUAAUGUGUUGAUAUGAAACUUAGUUAAACAAAUUUAAGUGUUAGAUCUCUUGAGUUGGUGGCUGAAGAUUUUUUUUAGCUGUGCCUUUGAUCAUGCACAGAGAUUGUCUUUUGUCCUUUUAAAAUGCUAACAAGGUGUGUGUGUGUGUGUGUGUGUGUGUGUGAGAAGGACAGCACUGAACCAUGUGUGCAGUGAGAAGAUGAGGCAUAGAAAAAAUACUUGGGUGUUUUAUGUUGUGUAGUUCUGCUGAACCAUCUAUAAUCCACCACUGUUUUAUUUUCAUUUUUUGUAAAUCUUUUGCGUCCUUUUUUCCCCCUUGUUUUAUCUCCUUUGUUUGUAAAGCAACAGACUUGAGCCAAAGGCUCUGCUAACACAAUGAUCACAGGAUCCUGAUCCUGCUAACACCAAACUCACGGGACAUGCUAGUCUGUGGUACUGGACACUGAGCACGGAAAUAAAAGUACAAAUGCAUCCCUUUACCAACAAGAGGUGAUGCUCAUGUCUGAGCAGCUAUUGGGCGCUAUAUUGUUUUGACUGCCUUGUUGUACUCCAUUUUCAUCACAACUCUGUCCACAAACCUCUGUCAGGUGAUGCUGAACUCGCUUCAAUAAAGUCUCUCCUCUCUUGUUC